CAGCCCCCGCCGCGGGCAUCGCCCCUUUGUCUGCGGGAGGAGGAGGCAGAGAACGGAGGGCGCUGCCUGCGGGGAGAGAGGAGCCGCCGCGCCCGCAGCUUCCCAGAGCAGCAGGAUGGCAGAGAAGGGCAUGGACCCUGCCUGUGUCUCCAUUGCCCUGGAGGACACAGUGUGCCACACCAGCCCUCCAGAUGCCCCGCUCCUCACCACCCACUUGAAGAAGGUGGAGAACCACAUCACAGAGGCCCAGAGGUUUUCCCACCUCCCAAAGCGCUCCGCUGUCAACAUUGAAUUCAUUGACCUGUCCUACUCUGUGCGUGAAGGCUCCUGGUGGAGGAAGAGAGGGUACAAGACUCUGCUCAAAUGCUUGUCAGGGAAGUUCUGCCAGAGGGAGCUCAUUGGCAUCAUGGGGCCCUCGGGGGCUGGGAAGUCCACACUCAUGAACAUCCUGGCUGGCUACAGGGAGACUGGGAUGAAGGGGCAGAUCCUGGUGAACGGGCGGCCGCGGGACCUGCGCACCUUCCGCAAGAUGUCCUGCUACAUCAUGCAGGAUGACAUGCUCCUGCCACACCUCACCGUGCUGGAGGCCAUGAUGGUGUCUGCUAACCUGAAGCUGAGUGAGAAGCAGGAGGUGAAGAAGGAGCUGGUGAACGAGAUCCUGACGGCCCUGGGGCUGCUGGAGUGCUCCUACACCCGCACCAGCUCGCUGUCGGGGGGGCAGCGCAAGCGCCUGGCCAUCGCCCUGGAGCUGGUCAACAACCCUCCGGUCAUGUUCUUUGAUGAGCCCACCAGCGGUCUGGACAGUGCCUCCUGCUUCCAGGUGGUGUCCCUGAUGCGGUCCCUGGCCCAGGGUGGGCGAACCAUCAUCUGCACCAUCCAUCAGCCCAGCGCCAAGCUCUUCGAGAUGUUCGACAAGCUCUACAUCCUGAGCCAGGGCCAGUGCAUCUUCAAAGGCAUCGUCACCAACCUCAUCCCCUACCUGAAGGGUCUGGGCCUCCACUGCCCCACAUACCACAACCCUGCUGACUUCAUUAUUGAGGUGGCCUCAGGAGAGUAUGGAGACCUCAACCCCGUGCUGUUCCGUGCUGUCCAGAACGGCAUGUGCACCAUGGCUGAGAAGAAGAGCAGCCCUGACAAGUCAGACCCCUCGUGCCCAGCACACUGUGUGACGGAUGUGGACCACAUCGAGAGCCACACGUUUGCCACCAGCACUUCAACUCAGUUUUGCAUCCUCUUCAAGAGAACCUUUGUCUGCAUCCUGAGGGACACGGUGCUGACCCACCUGCGGUUCAUGUCACACAUCUGCAUCGGGGUGCUGAUCGGGCUGCUCUACCUGCACAUCGGCAACGACGCAGGCAAAGUCUUCAACAACACUGGCUUCCUCUUCUUCUCCAUGCUCUUCCUCAUGUUUGCUGCACUGAUGCCCACCAUCCUCACCUUCCCUCAGGAGAUGACAGUGUUCCUGAGAGAGCACCUCAACUACUGGUACAGCCUGAAAGCCUAUUACCUGGCAAAGACCAUGGCAGAUGUGCCCUUCCAGGUGAUCUGCCCCAUUGCCUACUGCAGCAUCGUGUACUGGAUGACAGGCCAGCCCCCGGAGGCCACACGCUUCCUCCUCUUCUCUGCCCUGGCCACCGCCACGGCCCUGGUGGCCCAGUCCCUCGGGCUUCUCAUCGGAGCUGCUUCCACUUCCCUGCAGGUGGCCACCUUUGUGGGACCUGUCACUGCCAUCCCUGUCCUGCUCUUCUCGGGCUUCUUCGUCAGCUUCAAGACCAUCCCUACCUACCUGCAGUGGAGCUCUUAUGUCUCCUAUGUCAGGUAUGGCUUUGAGGGUGUCAUUCUCACCAUCUAUGCCAUGGAGCGUGAGGACCUGGAGUGCCUGGAGGACUUCUGCCCCUUCCAAAAGCCCAUAAAGAUCCUGCAGGAGCUGGAUGUGGAGGAGGCCAAGCUCUACCUGGACUUCCUAAUCCUGGGCAUCUUCUUUGUCAUCCUGCGGCUCCUGGCUUACCUGGUCCUCAGGUACAAAGUCAAAUCGGAGAGAUAAAGGGGCCCUGGGGCCCUGGCCUGCUGUGAGAGAUGUUCUGCAGGUGGACACAGUGCUCCUAGCAGGUCAUGGACCAGAGUGGAGGUGUCUGUAGAUGCCAGCCAGGCCUGACUCAGUCGAGAAGGGUUUCAAGACAUCUCGGAACUGUUUUAACCUUUCCACACAGACUCUUCAUUGCCACAGUUUCGUACAGCCCUGGCAUGUGCCACCCUCUCCCCCAGGACUGCCCAACCUCAUGGAGCUUUGCUCCCCUUCUCUCACCCCUGCCCUUCUCUGCCAGACACUGGGGAUGGUCCCAUGGAGGUGGCUGUCCGCUGAGCAAGGCUGAGAGGAGCUGGCUGCUCGGGGCAGGAGGGAGAGAAGCACCCUGGGGCUGCCUGAGCCUGGGGAGGAAGCCAGGAGGAGACACUGACAGAAGAAGGAUGUAGCUCACACCCCACCUUGCUCUCCCUGGCCAGCAGCAUGAGUCUCAGUGCUGAGAAGAGCCCAGAGAUGCAAUAGGCCAAGUUGCACAAGGCUGUCGUGUUUCCUGUUGCAGCAGGCACAGAAAUUGGUGCAUCCCCGCUUUCUGUUGGGCUUGGCUUGGGUUGUUUGUUGUU